AAAUACGGUUUUGAAUUUAUUUUUCCAUUUUUUUUUUCUAAAAGAGAGAAAUAGAGAGAGCGAGCGCUAAGAGAGCGAGGCAUGCUCGAAAGGUCGUACCCAAAGCGAUCGUCAAAACGAUUCGUUUCGUUCUCCGUCUCCGCGUUUCGAUCCGAAACCCUAACCCUACCAUUUCACAGAUCCGUUUCGAGUAAAUCGGAAAUCUUGGAGAUCGGUCGAGCCGAGUUUUUGUACGCGGCUUUCGAUCAGUGAAAUCGGCGAUCUUGGCGGCGUGGAUCUGAGCGGGAAGAGGUUGAUAAAGAGAGACUAAAACGAUGCCGUCACAUUCGGAUCUGGACCGUCAGAUCGAGCAUCUGAUGGAGUGCAAGCCGUUACCGGAGGCGGAGGUGAAGACGCUGUGCGAUCAGGCGAGGGCGAUUCUAGUGGAGGAGUGGAACGUGCAGCCGGUGAAGUGCCCGGUGACGGUGUGCGGUGAUAUCCACGGCCAGUUCUACGAUCUCAUCGAGCUGUUUCGGAUAGGAGGGAAUGCGCCCGAUACAAAUUAUCUCUUUAUGGGCGAUUAUGUAGAUCGUGGGUACUACUCAGUGGAGACUGUCACACUUUUGGUGGCUCUGAAAGUUCGUUAUAGAGAUAGGAUCACAAUUCUUAGGGGGAAUCAUGAGAGCAGGCAAAUAACUCAAGUGUAUGGUUUUUAUGACGAAUGCUUGAGAAAAUAUGGAAAUGCCAAUGUGUGGAAGUACUUCACUGAUUUAUUUGAUUAUCUACCCCUCACAGCUCUUAUUGAGAGUCAGAUCUUCUGUUUGCAUGGAGGUCUUUCGCCAUCUUUGGAUACGUUGGACAAUAUUCGAGCCUUGGACCGUAUACAGGAGGUUCCGCAUGAAGGACCAAUGUGUGAUCUCUUAUGGUCUGAUCCAGACGACCGCUGUGGGUGGGGAAUAUCUCCACGUGGUGCUGGAUAUACAUUUGGGCAGGAUAUAGCUGCUCAGUUCAACCAUACCAAUGGGCUGACACUGAUUUCAAGAGCCCACCAGCUUGUCAUGGAAGGGUACAACUGGUGUCAGGAAAAGAACGUGGUGACAGUAUUUAGUGCUCCAAACUAUUGUUACCGUUGUGGGAAUAUGGCUGCAAUACUGGAAAUUGGGGAGAAUAUGGACCAGAACUUUCUGCAGUUUGAUCCAGCCCCUCGACAAAUUGAGCCCGACACCACACGCAAGACGCCCGAUUAUUUUUUGUAAUUUCAUAUAUCUGCCUGCUGCUUGUAAUCCCUGUUUUCUGCUGUGCUAUUGUAGAUGUGUCUUUAAAAAAGAGGAGUUCUGUUGUUUAAGUUGAGGGUUAUCAUCAACAUGAUUCUUUUGUUUGGAGUUUGUGCUGCUGCUGCUUUAUUGAUUUCCUCAAGAAACUCAUAGGAGAACUGACAGAAGCCACCAAUGGCCUGUUUUCUUGUAUAUUUUCGGGAAGGAGGAAGCGGCAAUAACAUGGUAUAUUUGUUCUGUAAUUUUGCAAAAUUAAGUUAGAGAGCAGAUUUUUGAAACUGUUGUCA